UAAAACAUUUUUUUUAUAUUAUUAAUGAUAGUCUGCGUGUUGUUCCGAGUAAAUGUUUGGAAAAAUGAACGAUUGGAAAAGCCAAAAAUAUUUGAAAUCGAAAGUAUUUUCAGAUAAGUUUUUUUUUCAAUUUCUCUUUGAAUUUUGCAUUCAUAAAUUGUUUUAUUAUUCAUCAAUAAUAUUCAUUCAACUGAGAUAGACAAGGGGACUUUAUUGAAAUAUUAAGAAUGAGCAGUGACGAGGAAUUUGGCAGAUAUGAAAAAGUCAUGGAAAAAGAGAAAUCAAGUAUUAGAACUAUCAACAUCACCGAUAUGUCUGAAGCAUUCACAAAAAGUAAGGAACCAGAAUCAAGCUGUAGUUACAUAACCGAUAUGCCUGAAGCAUUUACAGAAAGUGGAGAAUGUGAUGAUGAGAUUACGUUAGUGUUUGAUAACAGCAACAAACUUUAUGUUUAAAAAAACUUUCUGAGAUACGCCUCACCUGUUUUCAAGGCAAUGUUUGAUCAUGACUGCAAGGAGAAAAAGGAAAACAGCGUGUCAUUGCCAGGGAAAAAUUACGACGAUUUUCUCGAAUUUUUGCUUUGUAUUCACCCGAGGAUUUUAAAACCGAUUACAGAAACAAACGUCCUACGGAUCGUGAGCAUUGCUGACGAAUAUCAAGUAACAUCAGUCAUAAAAAAGUGCAAAGAAUAUAUGAUAAGUUGGUUACAGGCGUCAUUUGAUCAGGCGAGAGCAAAGGGUAAUCAUUAUCUCUACCACGCAGAAUACCUCAGACCCUGUCUUCGAAUAGUGGCAAAAGUACAUGAAUUAAGCUAUAAUGAUUUAGUGAAGUUUGCAGUAAAAUCUAUAGCAAAGUUCGGACACAUUCUUUAUAAUACAGGACAAAAAGAAUCACAAAAAAUGCACAUUAAGAACCAACCUUCUCCUUCCGAUAAAACGGGAGAUGAAACUUUUGGUGAUAUAAAAAUGGACUGUAUGAAAAUGUUUCAAAACCUUCCUUUCGAAAUUAAAUACAAAAUAGUAGCUGAACGAUUGCUUCAUUUAAAUGAUGAAACUAACCUAAAAUACUAAAUGUGAAUGACAUAAAUAAAAUACUGGUAUUUGACACUGGCUAAGAUAAUUUUCAAAUUUCACAUUUGUGAUAGAUAAUUAAAGAAUAAAUAUAUAAAUAAAUGUGCAUGCAUUGUCGUUCAUUAUUUUGAAAAGUAAAGUACAUGUAUA